AUGAUGCAAAACAUUAUCCCUCAAGUUCCAUCUCACUUCACAAAAGUGUUUUACAUACCAAAACAUAACGAAAAUGUCUCCAAUUUUGCAGUAUACGACAUUUCCGAACAAUACUCCGAUAAGAUUGGAAAGUUACCCAUGGGGUCUGAAGACUACAAGGUCGAGCUGUGUAUCCUUCCGAAGCCAAAUGGAGAGCAUGUCGGAGAUAAUGCGCGAUUCUUGGUAGAUGUUGGCAGCGACAACACCUCGAUGUCUGUUCGCGAAAGAACCCUGGGUCAAGAUCCUGUAGAGGCACAAGUAUUUAGGUCACUUCCAAAACCACAAAACGACGAGUAUUUUGUUCACACACACACCGGUAGCACGUCAGCUCGAAGCUCUGGGCGCCUAGCAUUUCCAUUGCCUGAGAAGCACAUGAAGAAGGAAAUCAUUCGUUAUCCAUACCUCGCCUUUACCGACGACAUCUUCUCCAAUAACCAUGCCGAACACAGUCAAUACGAAUGGCAGGUCCAUCCAGAUGAGAAAGGAGCUCUACGAUACGAAUUGGUCAACUUCGAGGAGAAGAGUUCCGAAGAUCGUGAUCAUUCAAUAUUGGCUAUCUACCACCAUCACGGUUUUGAGAACGACCUGCCUACAUCUCACAGUCAUGGCGUCUUACUGCUCCCGUCCACUUCGACAUCAGAAUUUGACAUUUCUGUUCUUUCAAGUCUUUUGGCUAUUCUCUCGGCCGUUCGACAACAAGCAAGGUUGAAGAAGAGAUCACGAAUCAGAUGUUUGAUGGGUUGCAUAUAA